AUGGCCCACCUGGUUUUUGGCUGUCGUGCCUGCCCGUCCCUUUGGACAAGCAUCCACCUCGCGUGGGAUCCACCUCGUGUGCGCCACUUCUUCGAGCUAUCAGCGGACAUGCUGGUGGACGUGUACUCCAUGUUGGAAAUCGACGUCGAGGAUGUCGUUCAGGUGAUCUCCUCAUACGCAGACUGUAUCCGCGGUUUUGAGUACGGAGAUGAGGACAUGGAAAACGUUCACGAGAUGAUAACCUCGCUUGGUUUCAUGCUCCCAAACCUGCAGAUGCUCGACUUGAAUUCGUUCAUGAGCACGGACGAGCCUUUUCGUUGUUGUUUUCCCUUCUCCACCCACUCAAAACAACAGGAUUUUCCUUCGCUUUAUAUCGACUAUAUUUGCAAAUCUGGUCCGACACUCCAGUUUAGAAGUGAACUAAGUGUCCUCUAA